AUGCCGAGCAAGCCGCUGAAGGCCAUCAAGCCCAUGUUCGACAAGGGCAAGUGGCGCAUCCUGCGCGGCGACCUGGUGCAGAUCAUAGCUGGAAAGGACCGCGGGCUCACCGGGCGCGUGCUGCGCGUGCUGCGCGACGAGCGCUUUCCGCGAGUCAUCGUGGAGGGCCGAAACAUGGUCAAGCGGCACGUGAAAUCGCAAGAAUCCAAGGGAUUCGUGGUUUCUAUGGAGGCCCCCGUCCACUACAGCAAUGUGAUGGUGCUCGACCCGAUAACAUCAAAGCCCGUCCGCACCCGCUGGGUCUACGACGCGGAAGCCGGCCAGAAGCUGCGGCUCACGCGCGGGAAGCUGUCCAGCAGGAGCGUGAUCUACCCGCCUGAACUGCACAAGACGCACCCUGGGCCUGACACGCGAGCUGCGGCGCCGGACUCCGGCCCGGCGGCGGCGCCGCGCUGCGCGAUGCAGGCGACCUUCGUUGUCGUCAGCUCCGCAGUAAUCCUCUGA